AUGGCAGAUUCUGCACCUCUCGAGCCCAAGGGCAAAGAAAUUGCAUCUGAAAACACCCCUGAAGAAACUUCCUCAACCCAAGCACAGGUCGAAUCCGAAAAUGAAGAAGACAAUGACGAAACAACAACCGGCGCAACUGGCACGCCAGCUACUGGUAAAAAGAAGAAGUCAAAGCGAAAGAAGGUAAAGGCCGCACUAGGAGUGGGAUCUUCCUCAGAUGGACCAAGCGAAAAACCUACCAGAGAAGACCUCUCAAAAGCUGUCGCGGGUCUGAGUAAAUCUCAAAUUCAAGACAUUCUCGCAUUAAAUCCUGCACUUGCACAACAACUUGGUGCUGUAGAUGGCGAUCUUUCUUCGAAGCAAGCUACAGAAGCUGUGCGAAAGCUUAGCUUGGAAGAUAUCAUGACUGGAUUGGCCUCGAGUGGAAAAAACGUUAAGGAAAUGGGCGCAUACAAGUUUUGGCAAACACAACCUGUUCCUAAGUUUGGAGAAAGCUCGGAAAUUAUUGAAGAGGGCCCAUUCAAGAUUAUUGAUGUGGAACAAGUCCCCAAAGAACCAGGUCCAUUGGUAGCUGGAUUUCAUUGGGUCACAAUGGAUAUGACAAGUGACGAGGCUUUGCAAGAAGUUUUUGAUUUAUUAUACGGCCACUAUGUUGAAGAUGAUGAAGCUAUGUUUCGAUUCAACUACUCAAAGUCAUUCCUCAGAUGGGCACUUAUGUCACCAGGUUGGAGUAAGGAAUGGCACGUUGGUGUUCGAGCUACCGUAUCUGGAAAGUUAGUAGCCUUUAUAUCAGCCAUUCCAGUCGCACUUCGAGUACGAAACAAGACCCUUAAAGCCUCCGAGGUCAACUUCCUUUGUAUCCACAAGAAACUUCGAGCGAAGAGAUUGGCGCCCGUUCUCAUCAAAGAGAUCACACGUAGAUGUAACCUAGAAGGAACAUGGCAGGCAAUAUACACUGCUGGUGUGGUGUUACCUAAACCAGUCAGUACAUGCAGAUAUUACCAUCGAUCGUUGGAUUGGAAGAAGUUACACGAGGUCAAAUUCAGUCCACUGCCACCGGGAAGUACGCCAGAUCGACAAGUUCGUAAAUUUGCUCUACCAUCCAACACAUCCACUAAAGGAUUGAGACCUAUGGAAGCCAAAGACAUUGAUGGUGUAUUGGAACUUUGCAAAGAGUAUCUUGCGAAAUUUGAUAUGGCGCCAGUUUUCACUAGGGAGGAGAUAGAACAUUGGCUUUUUAACAAGAUUGAGACCCCUGCUGAACAAGUUAUUUGGUGUUAUGUCGUUGAGGAUCCUACGACGAAGAAACUCACUGAUUUCUUUUCUUUCUAUUGUCUCGAAUCAUCCGUCAUUGGCAACCCUAAGCACACUAACGUUCGCGCCGCUUAUCUAUUCUAUUAUGCCUCAGCCCUUGCUCUUGAUCCAGCAGCCUCUAGAGCUGAUCUCGGCAAACGUCUUAAUGAGCUCAUUCAUGACGCUCUUAUCAUUGCUAAGAAAUACAAAUUCGAUGUCUUUAACGCGUUGACGCUUAUGGAUAAUACUUUGUUCUUAGAACAGCAGAAAUUCGGAGCCGGCGAUGGUCAGUUACAUUAUUAUUUGUACAAUUAUAAGGCGAACAAUAUCGCAGGUGGCGUGGAUAAGUUGAAUAGAAUUCAUGAUGCGGGCAGUGGAGUGGGCGUUGUUAUGCUGUAA